ACUGCGACAGCCAAUAACAAUUUCGAAAAUUAUAAUUUUAUUUGCUGCCCAUUAGCUAAGACGUAAACAUCUGUCCAUCGUCUAUUCAGAAUGUCUGACGUGUUCAUCGUGUCCGCUGCUCGCACUCCCAUUGGUAGCUUCAAUGGAUCGCUUUCUAAACUUAAGGCCUCCGAGUUGGGCAGUGUGGUGAUCCAGGAGGUUCUCCGGCGGGCGAAUGUUGAAGGCCAGCAGGUCAGCGAGGUGAUCUUGGGCCAGGCAUUGGCUGCUGGUCAGGGUCAGAAUCCCGCCCGUCAGGCAUCGCUUAAAGCUGGUCUGCCCAUCCAGGUGCCCGCCUACGGUAUCAAUAUGCUCUGCGGGUCCGGCUUGAAGACUGUAGCCCUGGGCUACCAGGCCAUUCGAUCAGGAGAUGCCCAGAUUGUGGUGGCCGGAGGCCAAGAGAGCAUGUCUCUCGCCCCACACGUCAUGCACCUCCGACAGGGCGUCAAAAUGGGUCCCGGCACUUUGGUGGACUCAAUGAUUCACGACGGUCUCACCGAUGCCAUGGAGAAUAUACACAUGGGCAUCACGGCCGAGAAUCUGGCAGAGAAGUACCAAAUCAGUCGAGAAGCCCAGGAUGCCUAUGCCGUGCAGUCACAAAAUCGAGCCGAAGAGGCUCAGAAAAAUGGCUUCUUUGACAAGGAGAUUGUGCCUGUUGAGAUCAAGGAUCGCAAGGGCACGCAGAUAUUCAACAAAGAUGAGUACAUCAAGGCGGGCAGCACCGUAGAGGGCAUCCAGAAGCUGAGAGCAGCCUUCAAAGAGGGCGGCUCUAUAACCGCUGGCAAUGCCUCUGGUGUUAACGAUUCAGCUGCUGCGGUGCUACUAGUGUCCGGAGACGAGGUGGCCAAAAAGGGUCUUAAGCCGUUGGCCAAGAUUGUUGGAUGGACGCAGACUGGCAUCGAACCCAAGGUGAUGGGUCUGGGUCCAGUGACUGCAGUUGAAGCAUUGCUGACAAAAGUCAACUGGAAGCGUGAGGAAGUUGAUCUCUACGAGCUUAAUGAAGCCUUCGCCGCUCAAUCACUGGCUGUACUCCAGGAGCUAAAGCUAGAUGCCAGCAAAGUAAAUGUAAAUGGCGGCGCAAUUGCCCUGGGUCAUCCGAUUGGAGCAUCAGGUGCCCGUGUCCUGGUCACCUUGCUCUAUGCGCUGGAGCGCACUGGCGGGAGUCGGGGAAUCGCAUCCCUUUGCAUUGGUGGUGGCAUGGGAAUUGCCCUGGCCGUAGAGCGCCUCAUCUAAUAUGUAUUCACGUCAUCCUAACUAUUUAUUGCCGUUUCCGCCUUCUUACUUAAGUGUACAGUUUGCAAUUUCUAUAUUCCAUUUUAUAAUCGUGUAGUAUUCCCACGUACUUAUAGGGCACAACCUAUGUCUCAAGCGCAGUCACAAAGUCUACUCAAUUAAACUAAUUUAGAACAUGUUGAAAAUUAAA